AUGGUGAAUGCUGAGUAUCUAGCUGAGAAGUAUGUUGAGGAAUGGAGGCACAACCCUAGUUGGGAUUUAAAAAGUUUUAGAGAAAGGGUGUUGAGUGACUUGGGCAUUAUAGUAGGCUAUUCCAGAGCUUGGCUUGCUAGAGCUAGGGCAAAGCUGAUGAUUUAUGGGUCACCUAUAGAGCAAUAUGCCAAGGUUUUUGAUUAUGGAAAAGCUGUUAUCAAGUACAGUCCUGGCAUUGGGGUCUGCAUAGUUGUAGAUGGGGAAGUAAGCAGCCCUCAACCACCACUCUUUAUGAGGAUGUACAUAUGUCUUCAACCAUUGAGAAGUGGUAUGAUAAAAGGGUGCAGGCCUCCGAUUGGUAUAGAUGGAUUUCAUCUAAAGGGAGCCUACCCAGGACAAAUACUGGUGGCUGUUGGAAAGGAUGGGAACAACAACAUAUAUCCACUGGCCUGGGCUACAGUUGAAGUUGAGAACAAGGACACUUGGUGCUGGUUUUUGGAGUGUUUAAAAAAGGAUCUUGGUGAUGUGUGUGAUGGUGGAGGUUGGACAUUUAUGUCUGACAGACAGAAGGGUCUCCUUGAAGCCUUGGAGGUGCAAGUCCCAUUUGCUGAGAAGAGGUUCUGUGUAAGGCAUAUCUGGGCCAACUUUAAGCUUCAAUUCAGUGGCUCAACCUUCAAACAGUUGUUCUGGGAUGCUGCUAGGGCUACAACAUUGGCUGACUUUGAGGUGGCAAUGGAAUCAAUUAAAUUUCUGUCUAAGGAUGCAUUUGUUUUUCUUGAUGACAUUCCUGCUAAGCAUUGGUCUAGGAAUGCAUUUUCUUCUAAUUGCAAAUCAAAUAUGCUGUUGAACAAUGUAUGUGAGACCUUCAAUGUUGUUAUAAGAGAAGCAAGGGAUAAGCCAAUACUCACUCAGAUGGAGUGGUUGAGAAGGUAUAUGAUGAAGAGGCACAAUGAGAAAUGGGAGGCUGGCAAGAAAAUGGAAGGUAAGGUGACACCCUAUGUCACUAAGCUUUUUGAGAGGAUUGAGAGGGCUGCAAGGCAUUGCAUAGUGCAGGUUUCAAGGGGAGACUCCUAUGAGGUUGAGCUAAAUGGGGAUACAGUGCUAGUUGACAUAGGUGAUAGGACUUGCACAUGUUACCAUUGGCAAUUAACUGGUAUUCCAUGUGUACAUAGGUUUGCAUGCAUUUUGGAUAAGAGGGUGGACCUAGAAGACUUUGUGGAUGAGUAUUACACCAAGCAGAAAUACAUGCAUGCUUAUGAGGAAGCUGUUAAGCCCCUGCCUGGACCUAAGCAUUGGGAGAAGCAUCAUUUUACACAGCCCUUACCUCCAGCAAUCAGAGUAAUACCUGGGAGGCCAAAGUCAAAGAAAAGAAAACUGGAGAGAGGUGAGGGAGCACCUGAAAGUAGUAGCAGACAACCAAACUAUUUGGUUUAUGCGAAAAUUGAAGGUUUAAAUGUUGAUUUUCAUGAUUUUAGGGUUUGA